CAUAUUUACAUAUAAUAAACUAUAAAUAAAUAGCAAUGUGAAGUGUUUUAACAAUACAAAAUUUUGUUUAAAUUUUAAAUAAGUUUGCGCUUAAAUCGCUUGAGUUCACAACUAAAUAUUUUAUACUUACAGGCUUCCAGUUUUUUAUCUUAGCUGUUUUAUGUGUUUUAUUCGUUAUUGUGCUUAGUUAGAUUCGCCUAGGCGAUUACAAAUUACAUAUACAUAAAUAUAAAUAUUAAUAAAAAAAAGUGCCGGUGUAAGGUGAAAAAAAAAUCCAAUAACAAAAAACGCACUUUAAAGAACACCUCCAGCUGCUACACGCUUAAGUGGGAAUUUUGUAAACAAAAAGUGUUUAAUAUACCUAACUGAAAAGGUGCGGCUCGCUCUUCUGUAAUCGCGAAGCAAAGACUUUAAGCAGCGUGUAAUCAACUCUGUGCAUUGCAGAUUUUAAAUUUUAACUCCAGUAGCAUAUAAAGAUAAUAAAUUGUGCUUCUCAAAUACCAAUCAUAACAUUGUGGAAAUGUUGUGGAACUUUGUGGGUUGUCAGCUAGAGUGACAAGUUAUCGUUAUGUUAAAACUACAGGAACAACAAGAGCUUCAACAGUUUCACUAAAACAACAGACAGAAAGGAAGAAAAAAUAAAUAAAUAAAAUUAAACAAGCACACGGUGUAAUAGAAUGUGGUAACCAAAUUAAGUGCAGAGAAGUGUUAAAAAAUUCAAAAAAAAAAAAAUUAAAUUAAUAAAAAUUCGCCGACAACAAAGCAGAAACAAAGAACAGCAGCCACUAAAAAAUUGCAAAAAAAAAAUCUCAGACAACCUAACCAAAAAGGAUAACAACCGCACAACAAAGGCAACAAAGGUUUUCCAGCCGCGCUCUCUCUGCGUCUCAGCUUCCGAAGCUUUGAAAAGCUUUUUUAUAGUGAUUUUACCAUUUUUUAAACAAAUUGAAUUUUUUACCUCAUAAAACGUGCUCGAAAUAUAAUAAAAACCGUUAGUAACGUUGUAAAACCUUCGUGUGUGCGUGUUUCGUGUUCAUUGGUUUGUUUUCUUUCUACAUUCGAUUUUUAUUUGCCCACACCAUCGGUUGUGCUUUAUUGCUGCCGAUGUAAGGCAUUGCUACAUCGUUAAUUGUAGAAAUUGUGUUCGAAUUGUGUUUUCCGGCCAUACAGCGAUAUCCGGUUCGUUCGUACAUUGGUUAAAACUGUAUGACAUUACUUGGGCCUAGCGCCCCUGGUAUGGCCUUUAUGAUGAAAAAGAAAAAGUAUAAGUUCAAUGUUGAGGUACAGCUGCAAGAGCUCUCCGAGGUGGCGCUUGUGAAUGAGGUGCUGUUCGCGAAAAUACGUCUAUUGGAUGGUGGCUCGUUUCAGGAAUACAGCAGCAGAGAGGAGGUACGCGAUCAUCGUGUAGUAUGGAAUCGCAAUUUCGAAUUUCCAUGCAAAAUGUCCGCCAACGCAUCGACCGGCGUACUGGAUCCCUGCUACUUACGCAUCUCCAUACGCAAAGAGAUGAAGGGUGGACGUAGUUAUUUUAAGUUAGGUUUUAUCGAUAUAAAUCUUGCCGAAUUCGCUGGCGCUGGACUAACAUCGCGACGCUUUCUGCUCGAGGGCUACGAUUCGCGACAUCGUCUGGAUAACUCCAUGCUGUUGGUAUCCAUUAAAAUGCACAUGCUUAGCGGUGAUAUACUCUUCAAGGCACCCACACCGAACCUGAAGAGCAAACAGAAGCCAUCUACAGAUGACUUGGCCACAGCAGCGACGGGCGUUGGCUUGCAAACGCCCACUGCAACAGCCUUGCCAAGCAUUGGCGGCGGUGUGGGCAGUGGCGCGUCCAGUGUGAGCGGCGGCAGUCAAGGCAUACCUGUAGGUGGCGGCGCUACAUUGGGCGGUGGUCUCAACAGUGCGGCUAGUACGCGACCUGUGUCGACUGUGCGCGAUGAUGAUUUGGAUCCACAAGUAGUGAUCGCUUCGAUUGUGACAGACUCUGGCCUCUCGGAAUCAUCCGAAUCCGCUACAACACUCACUACAGAAGCGCUGUUGUUGCAACAGCAGCAACAACAACAACAACAAUAUAUCGCUUAUCCAACGCAAAAUACGUUGGGUACAACGACGACAGCAGCAACAACAACAGUGGUGACAUUGACAAAUGCACAACAAAUGCUGCCUUACGGUGGCAUUGGCGGUACGGGUGGCAGUGGCGGCGGCGGCGGCGGUGGCAUCGGCGUGCUCAGUAUUGUAGGUAGCAGUAAUUGCGGCACAACCAGCGGCAAUGUGCUGGCGGGCAGUGGUGGGGGUACAGGAAGCGCGUCGAUUAUGGAAAUGGGCCACUCGCGUAAUUCCAGCAACACUAGUCAAAUGUCAAAGGGUUCGGGUUAUAGCAGUUUUUCGCACAGUCAACAUUCGAGGCAAAGUUCUGAAGGCGAUUCAGGUCAUGCAAGCAGAUUCAGCAAAUCCGUUUCUCUACUUAAUAGACUUAAUCAGAAAACCGCCAACGCCAUGAAGCUUAAUAUACCAUCGUUGAAUCACCACCACCACCACAACCAACAACAACAGCAGCAGCAAAUAACGACGGAAACCAUCAGCGAGUAUGAGAGUGAAGAGUUACUCUUCCAGACGCCCAACUCCACCAUACGUGAUGAGGAAUUCCGUACGCCACUUAACGAGAUGCCACCCUCAGCCACGAGCUCGCUAUCGAUUUACGGUGAAAAGUUUGUGCUACACACACCCUCGCCAACAUAUCGCAGCGCCGCGAGCAACAGUCGCAGCGGUUCGCGUGCCUCACAGAUCUACGAAAGUGGCAGCGGCAGUGGCGGUAGUCGUGGCAGUGGCAGUGCCAGCGGUAGUGGCGAGUCGGGUUCGGAGGAGACAGCGGAUGACUCGGGCUUGGAUGAGAAUUUCCAUACGCCGCGCGUUGCGAAAAUCAAGUCGAUGGAGAAUAUCUCCAUUAUCGAAAUGGAGUUUCAUCGCGCCUCACAGGAGUUGGAUCGCGAUUCGCCGCGGCGCCUAAAGUUGUUGGCCGAGAGUGGUGGGCAUAUACCAAAAAUGCGUUCGCUGAGUAAUCUGUGUCUGGCUGACUACAGUGAGGAGCAGAUACGUGAGGAGUUGCAACGCAUACGCGAACGUACGCUGGAGGAGAAGCAUCGUUUCAAUUUGCAGCAACGCAAGAACUCCACAUCAUCGACGAAUUCGGGCAAAUUGUUUGUGAAGAAUAAAGUGGGUAAUGCCAAGUUCAUUGGCAACGAUGAUAGUCCACUACCGCAGCCACACAACAAUCAACAGCCGCCGUCAUUUCUGCAACGUGGCAAUCACUAUCCCAUUCAAAAGAUGCGUUCGAUGGGCACCAUACCGGAUUUGGUAACGGAACGCGUGGAGCCUGAUCCGUUUCUUACGCCGACUUCGGGUCGCAAACCGAAUUUCCCGCUGGUCACACAGUCGGCUGAGAAACCCUCACCACCAUCGUUCGUGGCGCGUAUACUUAACUACGAUGUUGUCGACUCGCCAAAUUCCUCAGCGUCGCCGAACAGCCAACUACAGCAGCCACAACAUCAUACACAUGGCUCGCUAACCGAGCUCUAUACGCAGGAUCGUGUAGGUAAGCUGUUGUCGAAUGAUCCUAGUCUGGCGUUGUCUUUCAUGUCGCGUACGCCCUUCGAACGCGCCUACCGACGCACGUUGUUGAAGAGCUCAACGCCGUUGCGUCAGGAGUUGUAUAUGGCGUCGCGUCCACACUCCACGAAUGCCGCCUACGAGUUAAUGAGCACUGGCCGCAAUUUCAGCGGCGUACCGCGUCGCCUGCUCGACGGCAGCAAUCGUCAAAUCUCCUCCAUCGCGCUGGGCGCCAACACAUCACCCUCAGCGGUGGCGGCGGCGGCGGCGGCGGCAAACACUAGCUCUUCACCUUGCGGCACCUUGGGCAGCAUUAAUUCCACCCAUUCCGCGUCCUCGUCCAGCGGCAGCAGCAGCAGCGGCGCUGUCAUAACAUUCCAUUGCGCCGGCAGCGGUCAAGCGGGCAUCGGGAGCAGCAGCGACACCGUCGACGGCAUUGGCUUGAGCGAUGGCGUUGGUACUUCCAAUUCCAAUCAGCUAAUCGGCUCACCAAGCAAUAAUGGUUUUGGCUCCGGCAGUGGUGGCGUUGUUGGUUAUGGUAGCAGCAGUGCUGCGGGUGGCGGCGGCGGCGGUAGCGGCGCCAAUAGUCCACGUUUGCCCACCAACACGCUCACCUCCACUUCGACUACAACCGAUGCACUGAGCUCUUUGGCGGCUAGUCCUACAGAUGCCUGCAGUAUACGUUCAAAUCCAUCGGCCGCCUCACUUUUACUCACCACAGCAACAAUGGCUGCUGCCGAAGCGGCAGCGGCACAGGUGGCAGCGAAUAAUAACGCGGGUUUGUGUUCGACCGGCGCGACUCUAUCACCACUGGCGACUACACAAAUCAUACGAAGGCCCAGCAUUACAAUGAACCCCAGUUCCGGUUCGUUAGUCAUAAGUGAAACAGGAUCUCUAGAUCGUAUGAAAAAUGCAGCGGAAAAGCGGAAGAAAGGACCACUAGACGAUGGACCACGUGUUUCGGAUCGCGUUGAGGAGACGCGCGUGAAUCCCAAUUCGCUAAUUGAUGAAAUUCUAAAGGAUACCAAAUUAGAUCAGUUAGCCGAAUCGGCGGAGACAUCUGGCCUGCAAUUGUAUAUUGCACGUGACGGCACCGCAUCGUUGGGCAGUCAUGAGGUGAAAGCACGCGUGCCAACCGGCGCUUUCAAGCAGGUGGUCAUGAAGAAUCCAAGAUAGUAGCGUAAAACGUAGAAUUUUUUUUAGCUAAACAAAAGGGCAGGAGCAAGAAGACUAUAUACACACACCCACACACACAAACUACUACACGCAUUAACUAUU